GCGCGGUGUCAGACCGGAAGUCCACGUCAGACUUCAGACCAGCUCUCUGACUAACUGAGCCGAACCCGGACCCGGACCCGUUUAAAACCAGAACUUCUCUGUUCUUCGGACACAAAAUGGCGGACGAGGCCACGCGCAGGGCCGUGUCGCAGAUCCCGCUGCUGAAGACGCACGCGGGGCCGCGGGACCGCGCGCUGUGGCCGCAGCGGCUGAAGGAGGAGUACCAGGCUCUGAUCCACUUCGUGGAGCAGAACAAGGCGGCCGACAACGACUGGUUCCGCCUCGAGUCCAACGCGGACGGCACGCGCUGGACCGGCACGUGCUGGUUCAUCCACGAGCUGCUGCGCUACGAGUUCCGGCUGGAGUUCGACAUCCCGGUCACGUACCCGGACACCGCGCCCGAGGUGGCGGUCCCGGAGCUGGACGGGAAGACCGCCAAGAUGUACCGCGGGGGGAGGAUCUGCCUGACGGACCACUUCGCGCCACUCUGGGCUCGGAACGCGCCGCGUUUCGGCCUGGCGCACCUCAUGGCGCUGGGACUCGGACCGUGGCUAGCAGUGGAGGUCCCGGACCUGAUUAGUAAGGGGCUGGUGGUCCACAAGGAGCAGCAGCGCGAGGCGGCGGCGGAGUGACGUCACUGGACGAAAUGUUAAAGACGCGGACCUGAAGCCGAACGGGGUCUGGUUCAGAGACCACCGAGACCGGACCGUGUGGUGACGAAAUGAACUGAUGAAUGCUGACAUUUAUUUAGAUGUAAAACAUAAAGAAAUAAACACGAAAUAUUCUUCUGUGA